AUGCCGAGCGCCGAGGAGCUUCCCGCGCGGGCUGAGGAGAACGCGGACUGGGAGCCCGGCGCCGACCCGCGGCUGCGACUCCUGGGGGCCUACGUGGCCCGGAGCCUGCGGCCGGCUGCGGGCGCAUGGGAGCGCUGCGCGGGCUCGGCCGAGGCGAGGCAACUGCUGCAUGCCUUCCUGGGCCGCGGGGCCGCGGAGGAGCCGCGGCCGCUGCUGGUGGUGCGGCCCGGGCCCGGGGGCCUGGCGGUGCGCGCGGGGCUGGACGCGGGACCCGAGGCCGGCGCGCCUCGUGCUAAGGGGCUUUUUUGCCUGCGCACCAGGCCCGAGCCGCCGGGGCCCGACAGCCUCCGCGGAGCAGUGCUGUGCGGGGACCUGCCCGCCACGCCGCUGGAGCAUCUGGCAGCGCUCUUCUCCGAGGUUGUCAUCCCCAUCCUGGCCAAUGAGAAGAAUCACCUAGACUGGUCCCACGUGGUUUGUCAAGAUGUCCAGCGACACGCCCACAGCCUCCAAUGUGACCUCUUGGUUCUCCUUGUGCAAGCGAAGGGGAAAACUUUGCUGCCUCUUCCAGUCGGCUCAGAAAAAAUGGGGUUUGUAGAUCCUGAAAGUGAGACCGCCUUGGAUUCUAUGGAUAAGUCAGUCAUGUAUGCCAUUGAGUCUGCAGUGAUCCAGUGGAGCCAUCAGGUCCAGGUGGUGCUCAAGAGGGAGUCUUCCCAGGCUCUCCUAGAGGGGGAGAAUCCCACCCCACAGGUGGAGUUGGAGUUCUGGAAGAGCAGGUCUGAGGAUCUGGAAUACAUUUAUAAUCAACUGAGAACGGUAAAGGUGAGGGGCAUGGCGGGGCUUCUGGACAAGCUACAGAGCAGCUACUUCCCAGCUUUCCAAGCCAUGUUCAGAGAUGUUGUAGCAGCUCUGAUGGAGGCGCGGGACAUCCACACGCACCUGGUGCCGCUGCACCGCCACCUGGAAACGCUCGAGAGCCUGGAGUUUCCUGAGGUGAAGCCACGGCUGUGGCCUCUGCUGCACGUGGUCUGCCUGAUAUGGGCCACGUGUGAGCUGUACCGCUGCCCUGGGCGUCUGAUGGUGCUGCUGCAGGAGAUCUGCAGCCUUCUGGUCCAGCAGGCCUCUAAUUAUCUCAGCCCAGAAGACCUCCUGAGAAGUGAGGUGGAAGAAAGUCAGAGAAAACUGCAAGUGGUCGUGGACACCUUGAGCUUCUUCAAGCUGGUGUUUCAGGACAGAAGGGAGAAUCUCCAUUCCUACUUCAAAGAGAACCAGGAAGUCCGGGAGUGGGAUUUCCAGUCCUCUGUGGUCUUCGUGCGAUUGGAUGGCUUCCUGGGGCGACUGGGCAUGGUGCAGGAUCUUCUGAAGACAACUUUGGAUUUCCACAAAUUGGGAAAGCUUGAGUUUAGUGGCAUCAGAGGGAGUGCUCUGAGCCAGUAGGCCCAGCGGAUGUACAACGAGUUUCAAGAGAUGUACAGGGUCUUCUCAGAGUCUUCCUAUGACUGCUUGGACCCUCAAAGCAUGGAAUUUGAAAAUGAUGUCUCUGAGUUUAAUCAGAGAGUAGAAGACCUUGACCGGAGACUGGGGACUGUCUUUAUUCAGGCCUUUGAUGAUGCCCCUGGUUUGGAGCACGCCUUCAAGCUGUUAGACAUAGCAGGAAACCUCCUGGAGAGACCACUGGUAGCACGGGACACAUCUGAUAAGUACCUGGUGCUCAUCCGCAUGUUCAGCGAGGACCUGGAUGCCGUGAGGAUGAUCUACAGUCAGCAUGUCCAGGAGGAGGUGGAGCAUGGCUUCUCCUCCGUGCAUAAGAACGUGCCCGCUGUGGCCGGGAGGCCCCGCUGGGCGCAGGAGCUGAGGCAGCGCAUCCAGGGUCCCUUCGACAACUUCAGACGCAUGACACACCCUUGCAUGGAAUCUGCCGAAGGAAAGCGCAUGAUACAAAAAUAUGAAGAAAUGCUCUCAUUGCUGGAAAAGUAUGAGACAAGACUCUACGAGGACUGGUGUCAAACAGUAUCAGAGGAGUCGCAGUACAACCUUUCCCGGCCACUUCUGAAACGUGAUCCAGAGACAAAGCAGAUCACUGUCAACUUUAGCCCACAGCUGACUUCCGUGCUGAAAGAAAUGAGUGAUCUUCAACCCCAGCAGAUGACGCACAUCCCUGAGACAGCAGCAGCCAUGCUCUCCUCCAGGGAAUUCUGUCGGCAGCUUGUGGCUAAAUUGGAGCUGAUGGCAAAUUGGUACAACAAGGUUAUGAAAACUCUGCUAGAGGUGGAAUUUCCAUUAGUGCAGGAAGAGCUGCAAAAUAUCGAUCUCUGCUUGAGAGCUGCAGAGGAGACUCUGAGCUGGAAAACAGAAGGCAUUUGGGAUUAUGUCAUUCAGAUCACCAAUAGUAUUCAUGAUCUUGAACAAAGAGUUCAGAAAACGAAAGACAACGUGGAAGAGAUUCAAAACAUCAUGAAAACAUGGGCGUCGCCAAUAUUUAAGAGAAAAGAUGGGAAGAAGGAAUGCCUUCUCUCUAUGGAUGAUCAGCAUGAUCGAAUGGAAGAAUAUUACAGUCUUCUCAAAGAAUCUGGCUUUAAGAUUCAUGCCCUUGUGCAGGAAAACCUGGGUCUUUUCUCAGCAGACCCAACCUCCAGUAUUUGGAAGACUUAUGUUAACUACAUUGAUGAUAUGUUGGUGGAUGGAUUCUUUCUUGCCAUUGAGUGCUCCCUCAAGUAUCUCCUGGAAAAUACUGAAUGUAAGGCAGGACUCACCCCAAUAUUUGAAGCACAACUGAGCUUAGCCAUCCCAGAAUUGGUUUUCUGUCCGUCUCUGGAGCCUGGAGUGAAGGGUGGCUCCUACGACAUUGUUGAGGGUCUCAUCACCAGCAUUUUUAGGAUAUCGUCCUUGGUUCCGCGGCUUUCCCCUCAAAACGGCUCUCCCCACUAUCAGGUUGACUUGGAGGCCAUGCCUGAUCUGGCAGGCAUGCGGGGCGAGCUGAUGGGGCGGAUGCAGGGCAUGAUGACCCUCUGCUGCGGCUAUCGGAGCACCCUCAGCCAGUAUUCCUACCUCUACGUGGAGGACCGGAAGGAGGCUCUGGGCCAGUUUCUGCUAUAUGGGCAUGUGCUCACAGCAGAGGAGAUGGAAGCCCAUGCUGAGGACGGCAUUCCAGAGAACCCGCCCCUGCUCCAUCAGUUCAAAGCGCAGAUCGACUGCUACGAAAAGCUCCAUGAAGACGUGAGCAGGCUGGAGCCCAUCCAGGUGUUUGACAGCUGGAUGAAGAUUGAUGUGCGGCCCUUUAAAACGUCUCUGCUGAAUAUAAUUAAGAAGUGGAGCCUCAUGUUCAAACAGCACCUUGUGGACUACGUCACUCACAGCUUGGCCGACCUUGAAGCAUUUAUAAAAAACAGCGAGAAUGGCUUGCUCAAGAAAGUCAGAUAAGGAGAUUUCCAAGGAUUGGUUGAAAUUAUGGGACACCUUAUGGCUCUUAAAGAACGACAGAGCAGCACUGAUGAGUUGUUUGAGCCUUUAAAGCAGACUAUUGAAUUGCUGAAGACCUAUGGACAAGAAUUGCCGGAAACACUGUUCAGGCAGCUGGAAGAGCUGCCUGAGAAAUGGAACAAGAUUAAAAAGAUGGCUGUUACCGUGAGGCAGCAGGUGGCCCCCCUGCAGGCGAAUGAAGUGACCCUCCUCCGCCAGAGGUGCGCGGCCUUCGAGGCAGAGCAGCAGCGGUUCUGGGAGCGAUUCCGCAGAGAAGCCCCCUUCAGGUUUGAUAGCACUGACCCUCAUCAGAUGCUGGAUGCCAGGCACAUGGAGACCCAGCAGAUGGAAUCCACCAUGGACUCCAUUUCUGAGUCUGCUAGCUUCUUUGAGGUCACCAUCCCUGACUAUAAGCAACUGAGGCAGUGCAGGAAGGAGGCGUGCCAGCUGAAGGAGCUCUGGGACACAAUUGGGAUGGUGACCGCCAGCAUCCAUGCCUGGGAGACCACCACGUGGAUGGAUAUCAACGUGGAGGCCAUGGACUUGGAGUGCAAAUGGUUUGCCAGGCACAUCCGGAACCUCGACAAGGAGGUCAGGGCCUGGGAUGCCUUCACAGGCCUGGAAAGCACCAUUUUGAACACCCUGACCUCCCUGAGGGCUGUGGCCGAACUGCAGAACCCGGCCAUGCGGGAGCAGCACUGGAGGCAGCUGAUGCAGGCCACGGGCGUGACCUUCACCAUGGAUGAGGGCACCACCCUGGCACACCUCCUACAGCUUCAGCUCCACCACUUUGAGGACGAGGUCCGGGGCAUUGUAGACAGAGCUGUGAAAGAGAUGGGCAUGGAGAAGGUCUUGAAGGAGCUGCAGACCACCUGGGUCCGCAUGGAAUUCCAGUUCGAGCCCCACCCGCAGACCUACGUGCCUCUGCUGCGGUCCGACGAGGACCUCAUCGAGGUUCUGGAGGAUAACCAAGUCCAGCUUCAGAACCUGAUGACAUCCAGGUACAUUACCUUCUUCCUGGAGGAAGUAUCGGGCUGGCAGAAGAAGCUGUCCACUGCUGACACCGUCAUCUCCCUCUGGUUUGAUGUGCAGCGCACAUGGUCUCAUCUAGAAAGUAUAUUCAUCAGAUCUGAAGAUAUCCGGGCUCAGCUGCCCCAGGAUUCUAAAAGAUUUGAAGGCAUCGAUAUUGACUUUAAAGAGUUAGCUUAUGAUGUUCACAAAACUCCAAACGUAGUGGAAGCCACCAACAAAUCAGGUCUUUAUGAAAAGUUGGAAGAUAUUCAGAGCAGACUGUACCUGUGUGAGAAGGCCCUGGCGGAGUACCUGGACACCAAAAGGCUUGCCUUCCCUAGGUUUUACUUUCUCUCCUCUUCGGACCUGUUAGACAUCCUUUCCAACAGCACAGCCCCACAACAGGUUCAACGACACCUUUCCAAACUCUUUGACAAUAUGACCAAGAUGCAGUUCCAGCUGGACGCCAGUGAGAAACCUACCGAGAUCAGUCUUGGCAUGUACAGCAAGGAAGAAGAGUAUGUGGCCUUCAGCGAGCCCUGUGACUGCAGUGGGCAGGUAGAAAUAUGGCUGAACCAUGUGCUUGCUCACAUGAAGGCCACCGUGAGGCACGAGAUGACAGAAGGCAUAACUGCCUAUGAAGAGAAGCCGAGGGAGCAGUGGCUCUUUGACUAUCCAGCUCAGGUGGCCCUGACCUGCACUCAGAUCUGGUGGACCACAGAGGUGGGCAUGGCAUUUGCCAGGCUGGAGGAAGGCUACGAGAAUGCCAUGAAGGACUAUUACAAGAAACAAGUGGCCCAGCUCAAAACCCUCAUCACCAUGCUGAUCGGCCAGCUCUCCACGGGGGACCGGCAGAAGAUCAUGACCAUAUGCACCAUCGAUGUCCAUGCCCGGGAUGUGGUGGCCAAGAUGAUUGCUCAGAAGGUGGACAAUGCCCAGGCUUUCCUCUGGCUGUCCCAGCUGCGGCAUCGCUGGGAUGACGAGGCCAAACACUGCUUUGCCAACAUCUGUGAUGCCCAGUUUCUAUACUCCUAUGAGUACCUGGGAAAUACACCUCGCCUGGUGAUCACGCCUUUGACAGACAGGUGCUACAUCACCCUCACCCAGUCUCUGCACCUGACCAUGAGCGGGGCUCCAGCAGGACCUGCAGGCACAGGCAAGACAGAGACCACCAAGGACCUGGGCCGAGCGCUGGGCAUCAUGGUCUACGUGUUUAACUGCUCCGAGCAGGUGGACUACAAGGCUUGCGGCAACAUCUACAAAGGCCUUGCUCAGACUGGUGCCUGGGGCUGUUUUGAUGAGUUUAAUCGAAUCUCCGUGGAGGUCUUGUCAGUGGUGGCUGUGCAGGUAAAAAGCAUUCAAGAUGCAAUUCGAGAUAAGAAGCAGCGGUUCAACUUCCUUGGAGAGGAGAUUAGCCUGAACCCUUCUGUGGGCAUCUUCAUCACCAUGAACCCAGGCUACGCCGGCCGCACAGAGCUGCCAGAAAACCUCAAGGCUCUGUUCAGGCCUUGCGCGAUGGUCGUUCCAGACUUUGAGUUGAUCUGUGAAAUCAUGCUUGUGGCAGAAGGAUUCAUUGAAGCACGGUUACUAGCCAGGAAGUUCAUCACCCUUUACAAGUUGUGCAAAGAGCUUCUCUCUAAACAGGAUCACUAUGACUGGGGCCUGAGGGCCAUCAAGUCUGUGCUGGUGGUGGCGGGAUCCCUGAAGCGAGGAGAUCCUGACCGGCCCGAGGACCAGGUCCUGAUGCGCUCCCUGCGAGACUUCAACAUCCCCAAGAUUGUGACAGACGACAUACCCGUGUUCAUGGGCCUGAUCGGGGACCUGUUUCCCACCCUGAACGUCCCUCGGAGGAGAGACCUCAACUUCGAAGCUUUGGUUAGGAAGGCUGUGGUGGAGCUGAAGCUGCAGGCUGAGGACAACUUUGUGCUCAAGGUGGUCCAGCUGGAGGAGCUUCUGGCUAUGCGGCACUCCGUGUUCGUGGUGGGCAGCGCGGGAACUGGCAAGUCACAGGUGCUGAGGUCCUUGCACAAGACCUACCAGAUCAUGAAACGCCGCCCCGUCUGGACUGACCUCAACCCCAAAGCAGUCACCAGCGAUGAACUCUUUGGCAUCAUCAAUCCGGCCACACGAAAAUGGAAGGAUGGAUUGUUCUCUUCCGUCAUGCGGGAGCUUUCCAACAUCACCCAUGAUGGGCCCAAGUGGAUUCUACUGGAUGGCGACAUAGAUCCAAUGUGGAUCGAGUCUCUGAACACUGUCAUGGAUGACAACAAGGUGCUGACCCUGGCGAGCAACGAGAGGAUCGCUCUGAAUCCCACAGUGAGGCUCCUCUUUGAGAUCAGCCACCUGCGCAUGACCACGCCAGCCACUGUCUCCAGAGCAGGGAUCCUGUACAUCAACCCUGCAGACCUGGGGUGGAACCCUCCUGUGAGCAGCUGGAUCGACAAGAAGGAGAUCCAGACAGAGAGAGCCAACCUAACCUUUCUGUUUGACAAGUAUCUUCCAGCCUGCUUAGACACACUCAGAACCAGAUUUAAGAAGAUAAUUCCAACCCCAGAGCAGAGCAUGGUUCAGAUGCUGUGCCACCUUCUCGAGUGUCUGCUGACGGAUGAGGACAUCCCUGCAGACUGCCCCAAGGAAACCUACGAGCUUUAUUUUGUGUUUGCUGCCAUCUGGGCUUUUGGCGGAGCAAUGGUCCAAGAUCAGCUCGUGGACGACCGGGCAGAGUUCAGCAAAUGGUGGCUGACCGAGUUCAAAACAGUCAAGUUUCCCUCCCAAGGAACCAUCUUUGACUAUUACAUAGACCCAGAGACCAAGAAAUUCGAGCCUUGGUCCAAGCUCAUCCCCCAGUUUGAAUUUGACCCUGAGAUGCCUUUGCAGGCCUGCUUGGUGCACAUGAGCGAGACCAUCCGAGUGUGCUAUUUCCUGGAGCGGCUCCUGGCUCGGCGGAGCAGAACUGUCCUGGAGAAGCCUCUGGAGAAGAAAGCGGGCAGAAAUUACGGCCCCACAGGCAACAAGAAGCUUAUCUAUUUCAUAGAUGACAUGAACAUGCCUGAGGUGGACGCCUACGGGACUGCACAGCCCCACACCAUCAUCAGGCAGCACCUGGAUUACGGCCACUGGUAUGAUCGAAACAAACUAUCCCUAAAGGAGGUCAUGAAUGUCCAGUACAUUUCCUGUAUGAACCCCACUGCGGGCAGCUUCACCAUCAACCCACGGCUUCAGCGUCACUUCAGCGUGUUCGCCCUCUCCUUCCCGGGAGCAGACGCCCUGUCCUCCAUCUACUCCACCAUCCUGACUCAGCACCUGAAGCUUGGGGACUUCCCGGCACCACUGCAGAAAUGCGUCCCCCAGCUGAUCCGUCUGGCCCUUACCUUCCACCAGAAGAUCGCCACCACGUUCCUCCCCACAGCAAUCAGAUUCCAUUACAUCUUCAACCUCAGGGACUUGGCCAACAUUUUCCAGGGCAUUCUCUUCUCCUCUGUGGAAUGUGUAAAAUCCACACAGGACCUAGUAAAGCUCUAUCUGCACGAAUCAAAUCGGGUUUAUCGAGAUAAGAUGGUGGAAGAGAAGGAUCUUGAUCUUUUUGAUAAGAUCCAACCAGAAGUGAUCAAGAAAAUUUUUGAUGAUCUCGAAGAGACAGUGGAACAGACCCAAAGCCUGAACAUGUAUUGCCAUUUUGCAAAUGGUAUCGGGGAGCCCAAGUACAUGCCUGUACAAUCGUGGGAACUUUUGACCCAGACUCUGGUGGAGGCCCUGGAGAACCACAACAAAGUCAACACAGUGAUGGACCUGGUUCUCUUCGAGGAUGCGAUGCGCCAUGUCUGCCACAUCAAUCGCAUCUUGGAGUGCCCGCGGGGAAACGCUCUGCUGGUUGGCGUAGGGGGAAGCGGCAAGCAGAGGCUGACAAGGCUCGCGGCUUUCAUCGGCUCCAUGGAUGUAUUCCAGAUCACGCUGCGGACAGGCUACCAGAUUCCUGACUUCAAGGCGGACCUGGCCAGCUUGUGCCUGAAAGCCGGGGUAAAGAAUCUCAGCACCGUGUUUCUCAUGACAGACGCCCAAGUAGCUGAUGAGAAGUUCCUUGUGCUCAUUAAUGACCUCUUGGCAUCUGGAGAGAUCCCAGAUCUCUACUCUGACGAUGAGAUUGAAAACAUCAUAAGCAAUGUGAGGAACGAAGUCAAGACCCAAGGUCUUCUUGACAACAGAGAGAACUGCUGGAAGUUCUUUAUAGAGCGGGUCCGACGACGACUGAAGGUGACUCUCUGUUUCUCCCCGGGGGGGACCAAGCUGAGGGUCCGCAGCAGGAAGUUCCCUGCCAUCGUGAACUGCACAGCCAUCGACUGGUUCCAUGAGUGGCCGCAGCAAGCCCUGGAGUCCGUCAGCUUCCGCUUCCUGCAGAACACGGAGGACAUUGAGCCCACAGUCAAGCCAUCGAUUAGCAAGUUCAUGGCUUUUGUCCACACAAGUGUCAACCACACCUCCCAGUCCUAUCUGAGCAAUGAGCAGCGCUACAACUACACAGCCCCCAAAUCAUUCCUGGAGUUCAUCAGACUCUACCAGAGCCUGCUGUGCAGGAACGGAAGGGAGCUCAAGUCCAAGAUGGAGCAGCUGGAGAACGGGCUGCUGAAGCUCCACAGCACCUCCGCCCAGGUGGAUGAUCUGAAAGCCAAGCUGGCUGCCCAGGAAGUGGAACUGAAACAGAAGAAUGCUGAUGCAGACAAGCUGAUUCAGGUGGUGGGCGUAGAGACAGACAAGGCGAGCAGAGAGAAAGCCGUCGCAGACAAGGAGGCACAGAAGGUGGCCCUCCUCACGCUAGAGGUGAAGCAGAAGCAGGAGGACUGCGAGGAAGACCUGGCCAAGGCAGGGCCAGCGCUCACGGUGGCCCAGGCAGCCCUCAGCACACUCAGCAAGACCAACCUGACAGAGCUGAAGUCUUUUGGUUCCCCGCCGCCGGCCGUCAGCAACGUCAGCGCUGCCGUGAUGGCUCUCGUGGCCCCUGGGAGCAAGGUGCCCAAGGACCGCAGCUGGAAGGCCGCCAAGGUCACCAUGGCCAAGGUGGACGGCUUCCUGGACUCCCUCAUCCACUUUGACAAGGAGAACAUUCACGAGAACUGCCUGAAGGCCAUCAAGCCGUAUCUGCGUGACCCAGAGUUCAAUCCCGAGUUCGUGGCCACCAAGUCCUACGCAGCCGCCGGCCUCUGCUCUUGGGUCAUAAACAUUGUGAAGUUCUACGAGGUGUUCUGUGACGUGGAACCCAAGCGCCAAGCACUGAGCAAGGCCACCUCGGACCUCACUGCCGCCCAGGAGAAGCUGGCGGCUGUUAAAGCCAAGAUCGCUCACCUUAAUGAAAACCUGGCCAAACUCACGGCCAAGUUUGAGAAAGCAACAGCUGACAAACUCAAAUGUCAGCAAGAAGCUGAAGCGACUGCAGGCACCAUCUCCCUUGCAAACCGCCUGGUGGGAGGACUGGCCUCUGAAAACGUGAGGUGGACAGAAGCUGUGCAGAACUUCAAACAACAGGAAAGGAAAUUAUGUGGGGACGUUUUACUUACUGCGGCUUUCAUUUCAUACCUGGGCUUCUUUACAAAGAAAUAUCGGCAGAACCUCAUGGAUGGGACCUGGAGACCCUACCUGAGCCAGCUGCAGGUUCCCAUCCCAGUGACCCCCAACCUAGAUCCCCUGAGGAUGCUGACGGAUGAUGCCGAUGUGGCUGCCUGGCAGAACGAGGGCCUCCCUGCAGACCGCAUGUCCACGGAGAAUACCACCAUCCUCCUCAGCUGCGAGCGCUGGCCACUCAUGGUGGACCCUCAGCUACAAGGCAUCAAAUGGAUCAAGAACAAGUAUGGCGAGGACCUCCGGGUCACCCAGAUUGGCCAGAAGGGCUACCUUCAAACUGUCGAGCGUGCCCUGGAAGCUGGGGAGGUGGUGCUGAUUGAAAACCUAGAGGAGUCCAUCGAUCCUGUGCUGGGACCCCUGCUUGGGAGAGAAGGCGUUAAGAAAGGACGGUUCAUUAAAAUCGGAGACAAAGAGUGUGAGUACAAUCCCAAGUUCCGGCUCAUCCUUCACACCAAGCUGGCCAAUCCUCACUACCAACCCGAGCUGCAGGCUCAGGCCACCCUGAUCAACUUCACCGUGACCAGGGAUGGCCUGGAGGACCAACUGCUGGCCACUGUGGUCAGCAUGGAGAGGCCAGACCUGGAGAAGCUGAAGUCAGAUCUCACGAAGCAGCAGAAUGGCUUCAAAAUCACCCUCAAAACAUUAGAAGACAACCUGCUUUCUCGCCUUUCCUCGGCCUCUGGGAACUUCCUGGGAGAAACGGCCUUGUUGGAGAACCUUGAGGUCACCAAGCAGACCGCUGCGGAAGUUGAGAAAAAGGUGCAGGAGGCCAAGGUGGCGGAGGUGAAAAUCAACGAGGCCCGGGAACACUAUCGGCCGGCAGCUGCCCGGGCCUCUCUGCUCUACUUCAUCAUGAAUGCCCUCGGCAGGAUCCACCCGAUGUACCAGUUUUCUCUCAAGGCCUUCAACAUCGUCUUCCAGAAGGCUGUGGAGAAGGCUGCUCCCGAUGAGAGCCUCAAGGAACGGGUGGCCAAUCUAAUAGACAGCAUCACCUUCUCUAUGUACCAGUACACCACCCGUGGGCUCUUUGAGUGUGAUAAGCUGACCUACCUUUCCCAGCUCACCUUUCAGAUCCUCCUCCUGAACCAGGAAGUCAGUGCAGCAGAAUUGGACUUCCUGCUUCGAUCUCCAGUGCAGACAGACGUCACCAGUCCCGUGGAGUUCCUCUCCCAUCAGGCCUGGGGUGGCAUCAAGGCACUUUCAUCAAUGGAAGAAUUCUAUAAUCUGGAUCGGGACAUUGAGGGAUCCGCCAAGGGCUGGAAAAAGUUUGUCGAAUCAGAAUGUCCUGAGAAGGAGAAGUUCCCCCAGGAGUGGAAGAACAAGACAGGCCUGCAGCGCCUCUGCAUGAUGAGAGCCAUGCGGCCUGACCGGAUGACCUAUGCCAUGAGAGAUUUUAUUGAGGAGAAGUUAGGAAGCAAAUACGUGUUGGGAAGAGCACUGGACUUCGCAGCCUCUUUUGAAGAAUUGGGACCAGCCACUCCCAUGUUUUUUAUCCUGUCUCCAGGGGUGGACCCACUGAAGGAUGUGGAAAAUCAAGGUAAAAAACUCGGAUAUACCUUCAACAACCGGAACUUUCACAACGUGUCUUUGGGCCAAGGACAGGAGGUAGUGGCUGAGGCUGUGCUGGACCUGGCUGCCAAGAAAGGCCACUGGGUUCUUUUGCAGAACAUCCACCUGGUGGCCAAGUGGCUCAGUACCCUGGAGAAGAAGCUGGAGGAGCACAGUGAGAACAGCCACCCAGAGUUCAGGGUCUUCAUCAGUGCGGAGCCCGCACCCUCCACUGAGGGCCACGUCAUCCCCCAGGGCAUCCUGGAGAACUCCGUUAAGAUCACCAACGAGCCUCCCACGGGCAUGCACGCCAACCUGCACAAGGCCCUGGACAACUUCACUCAGGACACCCUGGAGUUGUGUUCCCGGGAGACAGAGUUUAAGAGCAUCCUCUUUGCGCUUUGUUACUUUCACGCCAUGGUGGCAGAAAGAAGAAAGUUUGGGCCCCAGGGGUGGAAUCACUCCUACCCCUUCAACACUGGGGACCUCACCAUCUCUGUGAACGUGCUGUACAACUUCCUGGAGGCCAACGUGAAGGUCCCCUAUGAUGACUUGCGCUACCUCUUUGCUGAGAUCAUGUACGGAGGCCAUAUCACUGACGAGUGGGACAGGAGACUCUGCAGGACCUACCUGGAGGAAUUCAUCAAACCAGAAAUGCUGGACGGAGAGCUGUCCCUGGCCCCAGGGUUCCCCCUCCCAGGCAACAUGGACUACAAUGCUUACCACCAGUACAUCGACGCCGAGCUGCCCCCAGAGUCGCCGCAUCUCUACGGCCUCCAUCCGAACGCGGAGAUCGGCUUCCUGACCCAGACUUCAGAGAAGCUCUUUCGCACGGUGCUGGAGCUGCAGCCCCGGGACAGCCAGGCCGGAGAUGGAGCGGGGGCCACAAGAGAAGAAAAGGUCAAGGCCGUCCUGGAAGAAAUAUUGGAGCGGGUGACAGAUGAGUUUAACAUCCCAGAGCUGAUGGCCAAAGCGGAGGAGCGCACCCCCUACGUGGUCGUGGCACUCCAGGAGUGCGAACGGAUGAACGUCCUCACCCAAGAGAUGCAGCGCUCCCUGCGAGAGCUGGACCUCGGAUUAAAGGGGGAGCUGACCAUGACCAGUGACAUGGAGAACUUACAGGACGCUAUGUACCUAGACACAGUGCCGGAGCCCUGGGCCAGGCGCGCCUACCCUUCCAUUGCAGGCCUGGCAGCCUGGUGUUUGGACCUGCUCAACCGAAUCAAGGAGUUGGAGGCCUGGGCAGGCGACUUUACGAUGCCCCCCACUGUGUGGUUAACAGGCUUCUUCAACCCCCAGUCCUUCCUGACGGCCAUCAUGCAGUCCACAGCCCGCAAGAAUGAGUGGCCCCCGGACCAGAUGGCCUUGCAAUGUGACGUGACAAAGAAGAACAGAGAGGAAUUCAGGAGCCCCCCUCGGGAAGGGGCCUACAUCCAUGGCCUCUUCAUGGAAGGCGCUCGCUGGGAUGCACAGGCUGGGGCCAUCACCGAGGGGAAGCUGAAGGAGCUGGUGUCCCCCAUGCCUGUGUUGCUCCUCAAGGCCAUCCCCGCAGAUAAGCAGGAUUGCCGCAGUACCUAUCCCUGUCCUGUGUACAAGACUUGUCAGCGAGGACCCACCUACGUGUGGACUUUACACCUGAAGAUGAAGGAGAAGCCUUCCAAGUGGGUUCUGGCCGGAGUAGCCUUGCUUCUCCAGGUGUAGCUCCUUGCAGACCCACCGAGGAGACAGAGCUGGGCUGGAGGCUGCCCAGAGGGACCAGUGG